AUGGAUAAGUUAGCUCAAUUAGAUAGAGAUGACUGCUAUCUCUAUGACUUACCGCAAAAUGUUUUCGAAUCUUUGAAUUUGAUGUACUUUGAUUCCUCGACUACUCAAAUCCAAUCGCAACAACUUCCAGCAGCAGAAUCUCCAUUUAACAGCCCUGAUCUCAAACGAAUUGAAGAAAAGAAGAUUUCUAAUAGUAAUGAAUGCUCAACUUGCCUGAUCAAGUUUCCUGGUGAUUCAUCCAUUGACUCUAAAAGGUCUCAUUAUAAGUCAGAUUUGCAUAAAUUCAAUUUGAAGAGAAACAUUGACGGUUCGCCACCAGUUAGUGAGCAAGAGUUUGACAAACUUUUGGAAGAACAGUCGAUAGAAAGUCUCUCAGGGACAGAUGAUUCAUCUUCAGAUGAAGAACUGGAUGAAGAAUUUCAAGAUAAAAUGGAUAAUAAACUAGAUGUAAUCUUCGAAAAACUUUCAGUGCAAGACAAGUUACAUCAAGACAACAAUGAAGAAAAUCCUAUAAGUUACUUAAAUACAAAGAGUCCAUUCAUUCUCUUUAGCUCCCCUUUCUUACCCCAAGAUAAAGCAUUUGGUGUCUAUAAGUCAUUCUUCCCUGAAAAAGAUUUAUUAACAGAUCCCAAGUCCACAAUUCUUUCAUACUCAAAGAAACCAAUAAAUUCAAAAUACCUGGCUCUAUUUAUGAUUGGAGGUGGUCAUUUUGCUGGGGCAAUUAUAUCCCAUGUUCGUAAAAACAUCAAAGGAAAUGCAAAUGCCAAAGAGUCCAAACAAGAACAAGCAGUUGAAGUAAUGGACUCGAAAACUUUCCAUAGAUAUACUGUUAGAAGAAAGCAAGGUGGAUCUCAAAGUGCCAGUGAUAAUGCUAGAGGUAAAGCAAACUCUGCUGGUUCUAGUAUACGUAGAUAUAACGAACAAGCAUUGAUUCAUGAAGUAAGAGAGCUUUUAGAUUCUUGGAAGGGUUAUUUGCAAAACUGUGAGACAAUUUAUAUUAGAGCUAAUGGUGCCUCUAACAGGAAAAUAUUAGUCGGUUAUGAUGGUUCAAUUUUAAAAAAUGAAGAUCCUAGAAUAAGAAGCUUUCCGUUUACAACUAAAAGAGCCACUAAGUCAGAAUUGAAAAAAGCCUGGGUUCAUCUAUCAUAUUUAAGUAUCGUGGACAUACCUAAAUCUAAUGAAAAGUUAAGCAAGAAAUUGCAAAAUGAACGAGAAGGAUUAAACAAAUCUAAGAGACAAGGUACUCCUUCAAAAUCUUCCACACCUGAAGCGGAGGAAGAUUCUUCGCCCGAGGCUAAGCAUUCGAUAGAAUUGAUUAAUCUAUUAAAAAAAUCGAGAGCACCAAUGUUGAUAAAUUACAUGAAAAAGAAUAAAUUGUCACCUAACUUUACGUUCGUCCCAGAAUUCAAAUACAAGCAUAACCCAACUCCAUUGCAUUACGCAGCCGCCCAUGGGCUUCAUCACAUGGUACAAGUAUUAUUGAUAAACUUGAAGAGUGAUCCUACAAUCACCAACGAAUUUGGUCGAACAGCUUGCGAAUUAAGUGCAGACUAUAAUACAAGGAAGGUCUUUCAAACCUCCAGAUUCAGCUUAGGUGAAGACUUUUGCGAUUGGGGAUCAGCAAAAGUUGGUAACCCCAAAUCCAAGGAAGAAUUUUUGAAAGAAGAAGAGCAAGCCAAAGAAUUAGAAGCUUCAGAAAAGAAGAAAUUACACGAAGAAGAAUUGGCCAAGAAGACAGAACUUGAAUUAAAGCAACCUUCUAUAUCAUCAAGUGGUACAUUAGGUGGAGGUCCUAACAAAGUAUUAAGUCAAGUUUCAGAAACAAGUGGAUUGACCGAUGCACAGAAGAUGAGAUUAAUGCGAGAACAAAGAGCAAGAGCGGCUGAAGCUAGAAUUAAGAAAAUGCAAGGAAAUUAA